UUUAGUAUGUAGAAAUUGUGUCUCAUUUGUUUAUUCACGCUUGGGAAUCGUUAUUGAUUCUAUGCUUCUCCAACCCUUGCCCUAGCUUCUUCAACCUUAUUCCAGCCUUUUUCAAUCGCAUAAACACGAGGCGGCCUUGUUUUCAAAUCAAUUUCGAUCCUAUAUCUCCUCAACAAUCCCUGCCAGUGAUUGCAGACACAUUUGAUUGGUUGAAUUGCGACGAGUCGAGUCUUUGAUUCUCAGGUUUUCUUCAUUAAGUAGGUAGGUGCUUGAAACGAUCAUGGGUCGUCGCAAAAUUGAGAUUGAGAUGGUGAAAGAUCCAAACACGAGGCAAGUCACCUUCUCAAAGCGUCGAACGGGCUUAUUCAAAAAAGCAAAUGAAUUGACAAUUUUGUGCGGAGCAGAAGUGGCUAUUGUCGUGUUUUCUCCGGGUAACAAACCUUAUUCUUUUGGUCAUCCUGGAGUUGACGUUGUUGCGGCCAACUAUCUCCAACAAGAGAAUAUACCAAAUGAUUCUCAAGAAAACUCAUCUUCUUCUGAUGCUCCCAAUAUGGAAAAUUUGAACCAAGAACUUGCUGAGGUAUUGGCUGAAAUUCGAGAAAGUGAAAAACAAGCUGCGAAACAUGAUGAAAUCUUGAAGAAAAACAAUGUGAAAAAACUUUCUGAACUUGCAGAAUUGAAAGAUUCAUAUAAACAAUUUCAUGAUAUCGUAAAGUUGCGUCUUAGUGAUCUUGAAAUAUCGGAAUAUAUGAUGCUUCUUGCUCGAGAUCCAGUGGUAGGAGUAAAGGCGAAAUCUGCGAAAAGGAAAAGAGGAAAAAAUUAAUGCUUUGUAGCAUGAGAAAUAAUUUUAUUUUAUGGUCUUUUUUUAGGAAUAGUUUAUGUUCCUCUUGUCUUUUGUUAUAUAAAAAAAUGAGUGAUGAAUAAAGUGUUUUUUGUUUCAUUUUUUUAAUUUAUUUUGAGAAUUUGUGUG